CAACUCGGCUGACUAGGUUUUCCCAGCAAGCAGCUUCACACUCCGAGCCACCUCUUUAUUAUCUCCUCCCAGAUUAUUCUGCCCCUUUCUUGUUGACACAGGGCUUCACUUUGCAGCUCAGAGAUCCCCCUGCCUCAGCUUCCCGUGUGCUGGGACUUCAGGUGUAACCCACCACACCGAGUUUCAGCUUAUAUUCUUGAUUCCCUUCUGUUAACCAUUCUUUACCAAUUAGCCAGCUAUCUGCUAGACAUACGAUGAAUGUCACAAGCUUUCCCUCUGUGGCUCCUAGUUUAUGAUCUAUUCUUACUAUUUGACUAAAUCCACCAUAUCCUUCUUUUUUCCCUGCAUCUUUGGGGAUCCGUUUAAAGUGAACAUUUGAGAAGUUGAACUGAGUACUUUCCGACAUACUGAAAAACACCUGUCGUGGGAGUGACACAGGCCGGUGGCAGGUAUGAUCCAGUUGGCCUUGAACUAGUCAAGGCUUCACUCUCUGGGCCCAGAAUCUGCAUCUCAGAACAUUCAGGGGUCUCUCUGGGCCUUCUGCUCCCCAGUCCACCUCAGCCUUUAACAAGACUGCCUAAGCCACUCCAGAGCUCAUUCAAGGCUAUUCAUCUCUGAGAAAAGGUCACCCUUAAGCUUAUUGUGGUCUGGAAAUGAUUGUGACAAAAUUGUCAUUGUAACAACUUCCUUGAAGAGAUUUCAAGCCCUUUAUUACCCAUACAAUAGUUGAGCUGUUAGGGACAGAACAAUAACACCCCUUGAAAUGCAGGCGACACCUGCUUCCUGGUGGUUCUCGGCUGCUCAGUCUCUCCAAGUUGUAGGUGAACAAAUGGCCUCUUUGGUCACCAAGGCCAACCUGAGUUGUAGGUUGAGUGCCAGAACAGAUGGGGGAUGGGGGAGGGCUGGGCUGGUUGACUUGGCCCAGAGAAGAGGGCAUGGCGGGCCAGGUUACAAACAUGGGGUUAUGUACUAUUCCGUAUGUGUAGGCAGCAGGAGACCAGGGUUAGUAGGAGCAGGAAACUGAGCCCCACACCUGAGGUGGUAGAGAGAUAUGGAGGAGCCAGGGAAGCAGAGACCAUCUCGGGCGGGAAUAACAAACAGACGAUAUAGGAGGUAAGGGUGGGGAACAGCAGAGCAGGAGGCCAGGAAGAUUCAGCUCCGCAUGGGCGGGCUAGACACAAACGUGAUCAGAACAACGGGCUCCUGUCUAGAGUGUAAGUGUGCAUAUUGCAAAGCAAGCGGAGAUUGGAGAAUAGUGGGCAGGAGUAGCAACAGGUGAUAAACCAGCAUUGGAAACAGCCUGGCCACUGGUCCACAUAACCCCUAGCCUGGUCUCUGAUGCUUGUAGACACUCGGUAAUAAAGCAAGUCCUUUUCUUUCACCACUACUUCAGAGAGGGCACCUUCUCCACCUGCUGCCUACCGAAGAUGGGCUGAUCCUGUGAAUUUGCACAAGGAGUAAGCCUUGUCUACAUGCCUCCUCCUCCUAAGGGAAAUGCUAAUCGCCAAGAAAAGCGACUCAUUUCUGUGAAUCCCUUUAUCUUAGUUUCCGAUUCGCAGUCUCUUUGUGGUUUCGUUGAGAAGAGCUUAAUCUGGAUGUGAUGUGUAAUUCACAGCUACUUGGCUAAGACCAGGCAGAAACAUUCAGACCCUGAAUGAGGCUUUGGCCCAAACAGCAUUCUAUGCUGGGGCUUUCAAGUAAGGGCAGUGACAGACCACAGUCACAUCUAGGGAAGUGAGUGCUGCACGGGUCCCUGACUUUCCAUACCUCCCUGUGAGAACUGGCUCCCCCAAGUAACCUGUGGCCCAGAGGACCGCCGCAGUGGGCCACUGAGGACCACUUAAGUCAGGACCUCAACUCACCUCGGACCUGGGGCUCCUGCCCUCCGGUAGGCUGGGCUUUCUGCCCCGCCCUCCUGCCUGAUGACAUCAUGUUUAGGGUUGAGUCGCGGCAUUAAAAAGCAGCCUACAGGCAGCCACGAGUCUACACAACCAACGUGCACGUCUUGGUCCCAGGCUAAGUGCACACUGUGCUGGUGCGCCGCUGCCAGCUCCGAGCGCCCCACAGCUCCGAGUGAGUGGCAGCUUUGAGUCGCCAGGACAAAGAUGCCUCACCGCAGCCUGCGCGCGACUGUCGUCCUCCUGUUGGUGAUCCUUAAGAAGCAGCCUUCCAGCUCAGCCCCACUCAACGGAUCCAAGUGGACCUAUGUUGGUCCUGCUGGGGAAAAGAACUGGUCCAAGAAGUACCCAUCGUGUGGAGGCCUCCUGCAGUCCCCGAUAGACCUACAUAGCGACAUCCUUCAGUAUGAUGCUAGCCUCGCACCCCUCCAGUUCCAAGGUUACAAUGUGUCUGUUGAAAAGCUGUUGAACCUGACCAAUGAUGGCCAUUCAGUGAGACUGAAUCUGAACUCAGACAUGUACAUCCAGGGUCUCCAGCCUCACCACUACAGAGCAGAGCAGCUGCACUUGCACUGGGGGAACCGCAAUGACCCCCAUGGCUCUGAACACACCGUGAGUGGGAAGCACUUUGCUGCCGAGCUGCACAUUGUCCAUUAUAACUCAGACCUGUACCCUGACUUCAGCACCGCCAGUGACAAGUCCGAAGGCCUCGCUGUCCUUGCUGUUCUUAUUGAGAUAGGCUCCGCCAAUCCAUCAUAUGACAAGAUCUUCAGCCAUCUUCAACAUGUUAAGUAUAAAGGCCAACAAGUGCUCAUCCCAGGCUUCAACAUUGAAGAACUUCUGCCCGAGAGCCCUGGCGAGUAUUACCGCUAUGAAGGGUCCCUGACUACACCUCCUUGCUACCCUACCGUGCUCUGGACAGUUUUCCGAAACCCUGUGCAGAUUUCCCAGGAGCAGCUGCUGGCUUUGGAGACAGCUCUGUACUUCACACACAUGGAUGAUCCUACCCCCAGAGAAAUGAUCAACAACUUCCGGCAGGUCCAGAAGUUCGAUGAGAGGCUGGUGUAUAUCUCCUUCCGACAAGUAGGACUGCUUACCAACACAGGACUGAGUUUGGGUAUCAUCCUUUCAGUGGCCCUGGCUGGCGUUCUUGGCAUCUCCAUUGUUCUGGCAGUGUCUAUUUGGCUCUUCAAAAGGAAGAAGAGCAAAAAAGGUGACAACAAGGGAGUCAUUUAUAAACCAGCCAUCAAGAAGGAGGCUGAGGUCCACGCCUGAGGUCCCUGGCAGUCUCAGACAUCCAAGGAAGGACCUUGCUUUGGACACUCCAUACUUUGGCUCUCUGGACACUUGAAAUACCUCCAGCUGUUCUCUUGAGCUCACCUGUAUCCCCUCCCCCCAGACUCUUGUGAGGUUCCAGCUGGGCCUCCCCUGCUCUGCUGUCACAGCCACCCCAGGGUGACCAGUGAGUGGGAUGAACUGAACUAGGGGGCAGGAGUUUUGAGUGGAUUUCUCCAGCUGUAUGAGAUGGCUAAAGAUUCUGAAUUUUGGGUCACAAACCUAACCUGCUGGUGGGCCAUUGUGGUUUGGAAAACACUUCCAUCCUGGGUUCUUCCUGGUCCAUCUCCAGGGCCCUGAACAUUCUAGCUAUUCUCUGACCUUCCAGACUAGAACAUGUACCCUUUGCUUAGGUGACACUUUUGAAACUCAGCUUCAUCCCUCAGGGAGCAGUUGUCUUCCUUGGCUUUCCUUCUGCUCUGACAGACUGCCAGCAAGCCUGGCCUCACACCUAACGGGGAAGAACUGAGACAGGAAGUAUGAAAUUAUCAGAAAGAAAGGACAACUAUAAUAAACUAGGGCAUUUUUACAGUCCCAUCUUUUGGGUUACAGACAUUGACCAAGCCUCACUCAAGUUUUAUUCCUUAGUGGGGAUGAAAGGGAGACAGAGAAUGAGGGAAGCAGAGGGAACAGGAAGGCGUACAUUGUCCAGGAGUCUUCCUUUGUAGUCAGAACUGGAACCAAGAUAUAAUGUGGGGGGAAAAGUCUAUGUUAUCACUUACUUGGCCUCAGGAAGAGGACAGUUACACUUUAUAUUCCACUCCAUUACUUGAAAAUGAAUUACUCCCUCUGUCUUGUAGUAGAUGUGAGUUCUGGAAUAAUCUACCCUGUUUUGAACCCAUGGGAAACAGACAAAAGCAGACUACGGGACAGCUCUGCCUCCUUUGCCCAAAUGUCAGUUUUACCUUGUCUGAUCUUCCUCCUGCCCACUCAUUGUCAGGACUGUCUACUCCUCUGGCUGUGGAGAGGUCUAAAUAAUGUUUAGGUAAAAUGUAUUUUCAUACUAUCAAAGCAGAAAGCUAUCUGUGUAGAACUAAGCUUGGUCCUGGUAUUUAAGUCCUGAAACCAAUAGCAUGUUUCUAAGAAUCUCCCUGUUCUUCCCCCUCAGUCCCAUGGUUUCUGGGAAUGCUUAUUCCCUUCUUCAUGUUCUUUCCAUAGAGGUGAGAACCCUGUGGAGAGCAGUCAGUUCCAUGGCUCAAAAGAAGUCUCAGCCACCAGCCCCUAAUUGCUAGCUCCUUGCAGUUCAUAGGGAGUUCUCUGAUUUAGUCUCAUUUUGACAGCAUGGAAUGUCCUCUUGAAGAACAAGGUUUAUAUAUUUUUUUCCUUCUUCUAUCCCUCCCUCCUUCUGACUUGAUAAAAAUCUCUUCUGCUAUCAGAAUGUUUCAUGGUGGCAGCUGUGUGUGCAGGAUACGUGCAUGCACACAAAACCUCUGACAGUCUUGGAGUCUGGGUGGCACCCUAGCCUUGGGACCAAUGGCGUCACCACAGUAAGGACAAGCCUCAAGAAGAAGCAACACAAUUUAGUUUCCUGAGCUUGGUCCAGGAUUGUCGGCCAAGAGCUGGCAUAAAGCAGUCCAGGGCAGCAAGACUGUCCUAAAGAAGUGUAUACACUAACAAGUUAUCUGAGAGUGCAGCGUGGUCAUCAUAGCUGGCACGAGGACUGGUCAGAAAAGGAGAGGUGCUAGGAGGCAAAAACAGUGGUGUUUCUCCUUCCCUCUUCCCCUUCAGCACGGUCCAGCUAUUCAGUGCUCGUUCAACCCUCAUGGCUGAGACAAAACAAAGCCAAGGAGGCAGAAAGAGUGCUCCAAGAAUCAGCGCUGUCAACCUUUAACUCCUGAAGAUGCAGAUUCAAAAUCAUUCUGUGAACACCUGGCCACCACUGAGGGAAACCAGUGCUGUGGUAUUUGAUGCACAGCUCGCCUUGCGCUCCUUAACUCUGCCGUGCGAGGUGCAAGGUGGGUGCCUAGGAGAACCUGGGUGGGCACAGGGCUGGGCACAGGGCAGGUGGAGAUGACCAACACAAUGCGUGGGUGGAUGGGGGCACACACUGGGGACCCGAGGAAGGCACUGGCUUCUGCAAUGUUUCUUCUGCCUCUUACAGGAGAACUUGAGUCUCUGUUCUUUUUUAGUAUCCAUCUUCUGUUAUCGUAAAUCCUGUAUCCAUGGCUUUAAUAGACAUUCUAAAAGUUGCUGCACUGACAGUCUUAAUAAUAUUUCUAUCCCUCUCCCUCUCAAUACUCUUUGAAGACCUCCUGAUUGGCCCUGAGGAAGUAUCCAGGGUAACAGUAUUCCUGGGUCCCUGUCCCUCAGCCCAUAGGCCACUGUGAUAAUUGUCUGCUCAGCAUUUCCAUAUUUAUUGUACCAAUGAUUGUAAUGAAAAUAUACACUGAAAGUUUAAGAGAUUAUAAUAAAAACGUUUUUCACAUCA